UGAUUCUACUUCUGCUUUAAAAAAAAGAAGGAGAAGCAUUUCCAAACACCUCCUAAAUCCUUCGAUUAUAAGACAUUAAUUCAGAAAGAGAGUAGGGUGCCUAUGUGUGGAUGGAGGAAUGAUGAGAGAUGGGCGCUGGGGCAAUGCGAAGCAAGUCUGCCCUGCCCUGCCCGCUGCAGUGGUCGUAUUGUUCUAUAAAUAAGGCAGACGAGGCGGGCGGGCAAAAUAAGAAGAGCGUGCCAUACCCACCGAAUUCAUUCAACUCAACGAAAAAUAUCAUGGCCCUGCCCUUGUUCUUCCUCCUCUGUCUUUUGAUCAUGAAUGCCAAUGGCGGCGUGACAGCCCUCGAUCUGAUCAACAAAACGUGCAAAGCAAUCGCAAGCGCCGACCCCAUCAACAUCCAGUACGGCUUCUGCGCCUCCUCCCUCCACGGCGCUCCGGCCAGCGAGUGCGCCACGCUCCGGGGCCUCGCCACCAUCGACAUCAGGCUCAUCCGCUACAACCUCACUGACACCAGGUGCUACAUCAAGCAUCUGCUGAAGACGAACCGCGGCGGCGGCCGCCUCAGAAUGUGUCUCGCCGAUUGCCUCGACAUGUACGCCGGCGCCAUCCCCGACGCCAAGCAGGCCAUGAAGGAUUUCAAUUCGCGGCGCUUCGCCGACGCCAACACCCGCCUCUCCGCCGUCAUGGACGCCGCCACAACCUGCGAGGAUGGCUUCAGCGAAUUCAACGGCGUCGUUUCUCCCCUGACUAAGCGCAACAACGACACUUUUCAGCUGACCGCCAUCGCUCUUUCUCUUCUCAAAAUCAUUCAAACUGGCGCCCCCUAGCCAGCGCCUUUUUCUAAAUUCUUUCGCCUGCAAUUAAAUUAAUUAAUUGUGCAGUGGUAUGUAGUGGGAUCAUGGACGGACGGAUGGUGUUUUUAUUUUGAUGCAUGUAGUGCAGUACUUCCUACUCCUCUUCAAUCUUCAUAUUUAUGUAUGUGUACGGUUAUUAUUAUUCUUAGCCCAGGAAUCCAUUAUCCAUUAUAUUAUAUGGAGAUAACUGCGCAGUUAUCGAAUUCAUUUGAAUGCUUUCCCG